AUGACUUUAAAGGCAAUCUCGGCAAAAGAUGCCGCCUCCCUUGAUAAAGAUCUCAUGGAAAUGGGCGGCUGGUCCCUGGACCAGCUCAUGGAGCUAGCAGGGCUCUCAGUGUCACAAGCUGUCUGGAAAGUUCACCCACUUAGCGCCGGCAAGAAUGUGCUCGUUGUAUGUGGACCAGGUAACAACGGUGGUGAUGGACUCGUCGCAGCUCGACAUCUCGCUCAAUAUGGAUACAACUCAUCCGUCUAUUAUCCCAAAGAAGGAAAAAAUGAACUAUAUCAGCGCCUGAAAACUCAACUGCAUAACCUCUCCGUCCCCUUCAUAACAGAUUUCCCAACCGCCUUGAAAGAAUCGCAUUUCCUCGUUGAUGCCAUCUUCGGAUUUUCGUUCGGUGGACCCUUGAGAGAUCCAUUCCCUUCUAUCAUCUCCCAGAUUGAAACGUCCUCUACCCCCGUUUUAAGUGUUGAUGCGCCCAGUUCAUGGGAUAUCCAGAGUGGACCACCGAAAGAGGGUCCGGGUGCUAAGUUUAUGCCGCAGGCCUUGAUUAGCUUGACAGCCCCGAAACCCUGUGUCAAAUUUUAUCGGGGAAGGCAUUUUAUUGGAGGUCGGUUCUUGUCCAAGGAUAUCACGGAUAAAUAUGGCUUGAGUUUACCACCAUAUCCUGGAAUUGAACAAGUUCUGGAAGUGGAGGUUGAUGCGGAGGGGAGACUUUAG